CCCUCUCUCCCUCUCUCUCUCUCUCUCUCUCUCUCGCACUUCCCUCACUCUUUCCCUUCUCUACAAAAUCUUCCGAUCUCGCUGCUGCUACUUCCUUAUCGGUUCCACUUCAUUUUAUUGUUCAAGUCACUUCUGGAAGUGUCAGAAUCUGCGUAGGAAGGAUGAAUGGCGGCGACUAUCGUCGGAGAGAUCGAAGGGAUUCACGGAUUUCCAAGAAGCAGAAGUUAAUUCUGAAUGCGGAGGAGCAGCUCGAGUCCAGGCUGGGAUUCGAUCUUUUUACAGAAGGAGAGAGGCGCCUCGGCUGGUUGCUUACUUUCGCCUCUUCGUCUUGGGAGGAUCAAGAAACUCGUAAAGUGUACAGUUCUGUCGAUCUUUAUUUUGUAUGUCAGGAUGGAUCUAUGUUUAAGGCAAAGUACAAGUACCGGCCAUAUUUUUAUGCCGCUACCAAGGAGAAAAUGGAGUUGGAUGUUGAAGCAUAUCUGAGGAGGCGAUAUGAAGGCGAAGUAGCCGACAUUAAAAUUGUGGAGAAAGAAGAUCUUGAUCUUAAAAAUCACCUGUCUGGUUUGCAAAAAUCUUAUUUGAAGAUAUCUUUUGACACUGUACAACAAUUGAUGCAAGUGAAGAAGGAUCUCAUUCAGGUUGUUGAAAGAAACCAGGCAAAGAUGGAUGCAGAGGAUGCAUAUGAAUCCAUAUUGACUGGGAGAAGCAAACAAAGACCUCAGGAUUUCAUAGAGUGCAUAAUCGAUCUUCGUGAAUUUGACGUACCUUAUCAUGUUCGCUUUGCCAUUGAUAAUGAUAUAAGAUGCGGGCAGUGGUAUGAUGUAAGCAUAUCCAGCGGCGGAAUUACAAUGGAAAGGAGAAAAGAUCUUUUACAACGUGCAGAAGUUCAUAUAUGUGCUUUUGAUAUUGAAACCACAAAGCUUCCUUUAAAAUUUCCUGAUGCAGAAUAUGAUUCAGUCAUGAUGAUUUCUUACAUGGUUGAUGGCCAAGGAUAUCUUAUCAUUAAUAGGGAGUGUGUUGGUGAGGACAUAGAGGAUUUAGAAUACACUCCCAAACCAGAGUAUGAAGGGUUUUUCAAGGUGACAAAUGUGAAAGAUGAGAAGGAACUUCUUAGAUGGUGGUUUAACCAUAUGCAAGAUGUGAAGCCUGGUAUAUAUGUCACAUACAAUGGAGACUUCUUCGACUGGCCCUUCCUUGAACGCAGAGCAGUUUAUCAUGGAUUUGACAUGAAUGAAGAGCUUGGAUUUCGGUGUGAUAAAAACCAAGGCGAAUGCCGUGCCAGAUUUGCUUGCCACAUGGACUGCUUUGCAUGGGUUAAACGUGAUAGUUAUCUCCCUCAAGGCAGCCAUGGCUUAAAGGCUGUGACAAAAGCAAAAUUGGGUUAUGAUCCAUUGGAAGUCAAUCCAGAGGACAUGGUUCGGUUUGCCAAAGAAAGACCUCAGAUGAUGGCAUCCUAUUCUGUAUCUGAUGCUGUUGCAACUUACUACCUGUACAUGACUUAUGUGCACCCAUUUAUUUUCUCCCUUGCCACCAUUAUUCCAAUGACACCAGAUGAGGUUUUAAGGAAAGGAAGCGGGACUCUCUGCGAAAUGCUUCUUAUGGUCCAGGCAUACCAAGCAAAUGUUAUCUGCCCCAACAAACACCAAUCUGACCCAGAGAAGUUCUAUAAGAAUCAACUUCUCGAGAGUGAAACAUAUAUUGGUGGCCAUGUGGAAUGUCUAGAAAGUGGAGUUUUUAGAUCAGAUCUCCCAGCCAGUUUUAAACUUGAUCCAGGUGCAUAUGAGCAACUACUUGACAACCUUGACCGUGACUUGCAAUAUGCUAUUAAAGUGGAGGGAAAGAUGGACAUAGAAUCAGUUACGAAUUAUGAUGAAGUGAAGAAUGCAAUCAAGGAAAAGCUUGUGAAACUGCGGGAUGAGCCAAUACGUGAAGAAUGCCCUCUCAUAUAUCAUCUUGAUGUUGCAGCCAUGUAUCCAAAUAUCAUUUUGACUAACAGACUUCAGCCACCUUCAAUAGUCACAGAUGAAAUAUGCACUGCAUGUGAUUUCAAUCGUCCUGGCAAAAACUGCCUGAGGAAGCUUGAAUGGGUCUGGCGUGGAGAGAUCUACAUGGCAAAGAGAAGUGAUUACUAUCAUUUGAAAAGGCAAAUUGAAUCUGAGCUUGUUGAGAGCACGAAUGGGCAACUGUCAAACUCUUUCCUCAACCUCUCAAAAGCAGAUCAACAAUUGAAACUCAAGGACCGUCUAAAGAAAUACUGCCAGAAGGCAUACAAAAGAGUACUUGAUAAACCUGUUACUGAACUGCAAGAAGCAGGGAUCUGCAUGCGUGAAAAUCCAUUUUAUGUUGACACUGUUCGCAGCUUUCGAGAUAGAAGAUAUGAAUACAAAGGGCUCAAUAAAGUUUGGAAGGGAAAAUUGGCCGAGGCAAAGGCUAGUGGGAAUUCUAUUAAGAUCCAGGAAGCACAAGAUAUGGUAGUCCUGUAUGAUUCCUUACAACUAGCCCACAAGUGCAUUCUCAACUCCUUCUACGGAUAUGUUAUGCGCAAGGGUGCACGAUGGUAUUCCAUGGAAAUGGCAGGUGUAGUUACAUAUACUGGAGCAAAAAUUAUUCAGAAUGCCAGGUUACUGAUUGAAAGAAUUGGAAGGCCUCUUGAAUUGGACACUGAUGGUAUUUGGUGUGUACUACCACAAUCAUUCCCAGAGAACUUCACAUUCAAAACAAAAACCUCUAAGAAGUUGACAAUCUCAUAUCCUUGUGUUAUGCUCAAUGUUGAUGUGGCCAGAAACAAUACCAAUGAUCAAUAUCAGAACCUGAAAGAUCCUAUUAGCAAGACAUACUCAACUCAUAGUGAGUGUUCUAUUGAGUUUGAGGUGGACGGUCCAUAUAAGGCAAUGAUUAUACCUGCUUCCAAGGAGGAAGGGAUAUUGAUUAAGAAGCGGUAUGCAGUUUUUAAUGAUGACGGUACCCUAGCCGAACUGAAGGGUUUUGAGAUCAAGCGUAGAGGUGAGCUCAAGCUGAUAAAAGUGUUCCAGGCUGAGCUAUUUAAUAAGUUUCUUGAUGGUUCGACAUUAGAAGAGUGCUACUCAGCUGUUGCUUCUGUUGCAAAUCGCUGGCUUGAUCUUCUUGAUAGUCAGGGAGAAGAUAUUGCAGAUAGUGAAUUGCUUGAUUAUAUAUCUGAAUCAAGCACAAUGAGCAAGUCAUUAGCAGACUAUGGUGAACAAAAGUCAUGUGCUGUGACCACAGCAAAACGCUUAGCUGAUUUCCUUGGGGACGCUAUGGUUAAAGACAAAGGAUUGCUUUGCCAGUACAUAGUUGCAUGUGAACCCAAGGGAACCCCAGUGAGCGAGCGUGCUAUCCCUGUUGCAAUUUUUGAGACUGAUGAGGAAAUCAUGAAGUUCUAUGUGAAAAAAUGGUGCAAAGUCUCGUCAGAUGUUGGCAUACGAUCUAUUAUUGAUUGGUCGUAUUACAAACAGAGGCUCAGUUCAGCUAUUCAAAAAAUAAUUACAAUUCCAGCAGCUAUGCAAAAGGUUGCAAAUCCUGUCCCUAGGGUGGUUCAUCCAGAUUGGCUGCACAAGAAGGUUCGCGAGAAAGAAGACAAAUUUCGUCAGCGGAAAUUGGUUGAUAUAUUCAGUCGCCGAAAGGGAGAAGAUGCUGAGAGGAUGACCGCCAGUGACCAUGGAAAAGACAGAAUUAGUAUUUCAGACAUGGAAGACUUCAUGAACACUGAGAAAACACCUCAAGUUAGGCCUCAGCCUAUUGUUCAUUCCUAUGGGAUAAUUAAUGAACACCAUAAAGCUACAACACAGAAUCCAGAAGAAGGGUUGGAGCAAAAUGGAAGAGAUGAAAUUGCAGAGCACUCGAGACAUCCAUUGCAAAAGGAUAUUGAAGUAACUAUCGAUAGAUGUGUAGAUUAUCAAGGCUGGCUUGAGUUAAAGAAGAGAAAGUGGAAAGAAACCCGUGAAAAAAGGAAACGUCAAAGGUUAAACCCAAUUAAUGUUGAAGAGAACCGCCCCAGAGGUAGACAGUCUCAGGGUGCAGUUGGGGUGAAUACCUAUUUUCAGAGGCAUGACUUAGCUCUUAAACGUUGUCAUUGGCAGAUUAUUCAGCUUGUACCAAGUGCACAGCAUGGCCAAUUUUUCGCUUGGGUGGUAGUAGAAGGAACAAUGCAUAAGAUACCUGUACUUGUCCCUAGGAUAUUUUACCUCAAUUCUAAAGCCCCUGUAACUGAAGAAUUCCCAGGAAGACGUGUGAACAAGAUACUUCCCCAUGGUCGCCAAAGCUUCAACUUGAUUGAGGUUAUUAUUGAUGAAGAUCAAUUUAGGGCAGAAAGCCGAAAAUUAGCAGCUCACCUUGCAGACCCCGAAGUUGAGGGGAUAUAUGAAUCCAAGAUUCCUCUGGAGUUAAAUGCUAUCCUUCAGAUUGGUUGUGUCUGCAAAGUGGACAAGACUGCAAAAAAAAGAAAUCCGCAAGAUGGUUGGACUUUGAGUGAAUUGCAAAUGAAGACAACAACAGAGUGUCCAUAUCUGGAACAGUCAAUUUCUUUCUUUUACUUGUAUCAUAGCUUCUGUGAUAGUCGAGCUAUGUUUGUAGCAUAUUUUCCUGCAUCAUCCCAAGGAUCUGUUGUGGUUGCCAGUCCUUACCAAACUAAGGAAUUAUCAACUCAAAUGCUAGAGAGGCAGUUCUAUGAAGCCACACAAGCAUUAUCAUAUCAACCUCCUAUGCCUAAUGAAGGAAUUACGUUCAAGGUGGAUUAUGUCGGGAGUGUCAAGGAUGCUCAAAGAAGCUUGCUGAAGGAGAUAACUGAAUACAGGCAUCGGCAUCAUGGACCUGUAGUUGCUAUUAUAGAGAGUCCUAAUUCUCAUUUAUUAAAGACCAGCAUACGGGCAUUAGAAGAACUUCCUUGUAUAACUAUUCCUUCCAAUGCUCGUGAUAGUUUAUAUCAGGCUAUAGGUUGGCAAGUUAUUGCUGCAAAAAUCGGAAUACAGCGGUGUGCUGCAUCAUCCCAAUGGUUGAAUGAGAGAAUUUCACUUUCAAGAUAUGCCCAUGUUCCUUUGGGAAAUUUUGAAGUUGAUUGGCUCAUACAUACAGCAGACAUCUUCUUGUCUAGAGCACUGCAUGAUCAGCAACAGGUUCUUUGGGCAUCUGAUAAUGGCAUUCCUGAUCUGGGAGGCACUGACGAAGAAGUACCGUCUUUUGUAGAUGAGGUUAAUCAACCUGUUCUGACUUAUCCCGGUGCAUAUAGGAAAGUUACUGUUGAACUUAAGAUUCAUCAUCUAGCUGUCAAUGCUCUCCUGAAAAGCAAUCAAGUGAAUGAAAUGGAAGGAGGAGCGCUAUUUGGUCUGGACCAUGAAUUAAAUCCCACCUCAUCUGACGGACAAUAUUAUUGUGAUGAGGAAACAUCAUGUGCACCUGCAUUUCGGGUGCUUAAGCAGUUGAUACAAAGGUGUCUCUCUGAUGCUGUGACAUCAGGAAAUGUGUUUGCAGAUGCUAUAUUGCAGCAUCUUUACCGCUGGCUUUGCAGUCCAAAGUCUAGACUCCAUGAUCCUGCUCUCCAUCGAAUGCUCCAUAAGGUUAUGCAAAAGGUUUUUGCUCUGUUGUUGGCUGAGCUUCGGAAAUUAGGCGCAACAAUCGUAUUUGCAAGCUUUGGCAGAGUUAUAAUUGAUACAGGAAAGUCAGAUCUCUCUGCAGCUAAAGCUUAUUGUGACAGUGUACUUAAAACUCUGCAAACAAGGGACCUAUUUGAGUGGAUUGAACUUGAACCUUGUCAAUUCUGGCAUUCCCUGCUCUUUAUGGAUCAGUAUAACUAUGGCGGAAUUCAAGCUAGAUCAAGAGAGGCGUCUUCGGAAAAACAUUCAGAAGCAAGCAGUCAAAGUAUGCAGACAGACUCUCAAGUUGACAUUGUCUCCAACUGGACUAUUGCAGAAAACUUACCUAAAUCAACUCAGGAUCACUUCAUCUUGAUUGUUUCUGAGUUUUUAUAUUUUCCAUGGAAGUUUGCACAAGAAGAAGCAGAAAAAAGAGCAUCAGUAACGAGCGAACACUGUACACCAUCAAUCACAGCUUCAACUGCCGAAAUUCUUGAAUCACAGAUAACAGAAUUUCUGAAGAAAAAGAUUGGAUCCGACUUUACAGAUAAACUUCUUAAAAUUGUCUGCGAUCCAAGUCUUCAUAUGAUCGAUAGAAGCAAAUCUCAGGGUGAUCCCAACAUAUCCAGUGGAAGCUUGCAAUCUUCAAGUAGCAGCCAUAAGAGCAAUUCUUCCCUGGAUUUCAUUAAGUAUGUUUGCGCAGUUCUGGCACUCGAUCGAAGAGUUCAGCAUGAAGUUCUGGUUAUGCGAAGAAAUCUCCUGAAACUCGUCCGCACAAAGGAAUUUGCUCCAGAGGCUGAAUUUCGAAACCAAUCUACGCCGCUAACCCUACCAAAUGUCAUUUGCAGCUACUGCAACGACUGCAGGGAUCUAGAUUUGUCCCAUGACCGAUCACUAAUGGCCGGGGAAUGGCGAUGUGCAGCGCCUCAGUGCGGGCAGCCUUACGACUCUGAGGCAAUGGAGAAUCAACUCCUUCAGAUCAUCCGACAGCGCGAGAGGCUCUACCAUCUUCAGGACCUCAUCUGCCUCAAAUGCAACCAAAUCAAAGCUGCGCACUUAGCCGAGCAAUGCGCCUGCGCUGGAUCCUUCACCUGCAUGGAAAGCCCCUCCGAGUUUCAAGCCAAACUGCAGGUCUUCUCGAAUAUAGCAGGGAAUCAGAAGUUCCGGCUCCUCCAAGAAUGCAUUUCUUGGAUCUUAGAAGCCUUGUGACACUGCAAGGCAGAUGAAUGACAAGAUUAUGACGCUCAAUCAAUUGCACGCUAUCCUCAUGCAAAUUUGCGCUGCCAAUUCAUCGAAACAGUGUGACCAUAUGAUCUUUCCUACUCAGGUCUCCCUUCAUAUUUAAUCAGAUCAUUCUGAGAUGAGAGCUUCAUUAUAUAUACAGUGUAUAAGUAAUGUGCAUAGAUUAGCAGCACUCCACUCCUAAAGAAUGAAUAUUUAACACAGAAUGGAAAAUAAAGUACUUCUACAGUACAGUACAAAUGAUGAUGAUGAUGUAUGUCUUGGAUCCCUUUGUAGU